CCAAUCAAAGCAUCGCAGAAAAACUAACAGUGAUUUUUCAAGAUAGUAUUUUGAAAGAAGGAUAUCUCACAAAAACACGGCAGAACGGAGGAAGGGGAAAGCGAUCAUUUUGUCAUAAUCAGCGUCCGUUUUCAACCGACAAGUUUGUUCCGAUAUCCGAUGUCUUCAGUGCGGUAUCACGAAGCUUUGUCAGUGGUUUCAGACGACCAGUCUUUGUUUGAUACGCAGUACCAACACAGCCCUCCUCGUAACGUGGCUAUCUCACCCUCCAGUCAUCUCCCACACAGUUGCGGUUCGGUCACUAAACUGAAAGCCCCCAGUCACCAUCAACCAGAACAACAUUGGACCAUCAUUGGGAGCAGGAUGAAGCGAGAGAUGGACACAGUUUCUUCGAGUACUGCUACGGGGGAGUCACCUCUUGAUUGUAGCGUCGUCAAACGUCAGCGUUCUAUGAUUUCAAACUCAGGUCUUGGGACAGUGGGAAGCGAGUUUGCCUGCCCAGCGUACUCUGAACAUCGUGAACAGCGACCACCAUCGCCGCCACCACCCAACAUGACAACACAUGAAAGAAGGGUUAUCGUGCCAGCAGAUCCCAACAUGUGGAACCACGACCACGUGAUACAAUGGUUGGAUUGGGCCGUAAAGGAGUACAAUCUUCACGACGUUGAUACUCACCAGUUUACGAUGGAUGGCAAAGAAUUGUGCAAGAUGUCAAGAGACGAUUUUUGUCGACUGACAAACCCCUACAAUUCAGACGUCCUAUUGGCGCAUCUUCUGUUUCUCCGACAAUGUGCAGUGUCUAGUAGCUUUGCAUACCCGAUGUCAAGCACCCAGUCGGAAUCCAUGACUCGAGUCCAGCGUCCCGAACCCUCAUAUGACGUCCUCGUGCGGGAAAGACAAAACGCAUGGAACAGUUCACAAGCGUCACAAACGAAAGGGUAUACCCCGUCGUUCCCAAAUGUUGGCAGAUCGGCAGUGGAACCACAUACGCACAUCAAACCAGAUCCUUACCAAAUGUUUGGACCGGCGAGCAGCAGACUUGCUAAUUCAGGAAGCGGACAAAUUCAACUUUGGCAAUUUCUACUAGAAUUAUUAUCAGACAGCAGUAACGCCAAUUGCAUCACGUGGGAAGGAACGAAUGGAGAAUUCAAACUCACAGACCCGGAUGAAGUUGCACGACGAUGGGGAGAACGUAAAAGUAAACCAAACAUGAAUUACGACAAACUGAGCCGAGCUUUACGGUAUUACUACGAUAAGAACAUUAUGACCAAAGUACACGGAAAACGAUAUGCCUAUAAAUUCGACUUCGGCGGGAUUGCACAACAGUGUCAAAUGCAGUCUGAUCCCACAACGUACAAAUACCAGUCAGAUUUGUCGUACCUCCCCGGCUAUACGCAUGCGCAUAAGCUGAACUUCGUAGGACCGCGCAUACCUUCUUCUUCGACCAGCCUUUUCCCCACGCCCACAUCAUAUUGGUCACCACCAGGAACAGGGAGUAUCUACCCCUCGAGUCACGUGCCUCACACAGGCAGCCAUAUUGGACCUUAUUAUAGUUAAACUUUAUAGAUAUAUUGAACUCUCGUGAUAUAUUGAACUCUCGUGAUAUGUAUCCUGUACAUUCAGGGCUUAUGUUAUCGUCCACUAUAUGUGCAAAUGCCAUGACUCCUGACAUAUGACCCGGAACUGUAUAAAGUAACAAAAACCACAUUUUAUUGUUUUACCCCUUGCCUGGAACUGUAUAAAUAUAUACUUUAUAUAGCUUUUAAUUUCAUAAAUAUUAUUUGCCAAAUUCGGGUCAAAAUGUACACUUUUUUUAAGCUUUAUCACAAUCAUUUUUUAUUGUUGCCAAUAUUGUUGGGGAGAUUUUAUUUAUUUUUGUACACAAUAUUCCCCUUUUUUUGUAUUUCUUAUUAUUCUAUUAUCAUGUUCUUCGUUUUUAUUUAACUGUUUAUUUUCCAAAAAAACCCAAUAAGGUCAAUAGUUGAGCCAGCUUGUGACGUCAUCAAUUUAAUCCAGUGCCUUGUCAUGUUACAUUUUCCUACAUCCGGGCACUUGCCGAGUCAUUCCAAAGUUGUUUGAAUAUUUAUACAUUUUAUUUUUAAUGUUAAUUGAAAGUUUCCGGAUGUUGUUACUUAAAAUAUUUCCAUUGUCCGAGUUCACUACUUAUUAACGUUUUUUGUGUGACGAAGUUCUUACGUCACGUUACGUCACGUCAAAAUAACACAUGAUUUGUAGCAGAUUACUCAAAUCUCGCGUGAAUUGUAGGAGUUACUCUAUUUGUCUGUUCCUGUGAAAUAACCAAGCGAAUAUAAUGCAUGCUCAAAUCUUAUUUUUAUCCGACCACCCUCAUGUGCUCAAUUUUAGUAAUAGAGAAAAAUUGUACUGUUGCAAAAGAUUUAUUGACAAUCAAGACUGUUUUGUUGAAAAAAGAUUAUUUCUGAUAUAUAUUAUUCUUGUAUUUACAAGACAGAGUACACUUUAUCCAAUGUCUUGAAAUUCCUUUUAUUGUUGCUAAAAGUAUUCUCGUUUUUAUCUUGCAAUAAAGAUUUCUAACGUGAAUAAUCAUUA